GGCUAGCUAACAAUAGGCCGGGAGAAGCGGCUCGGCUUGGCUUAGGGGAGCAGCACGAAGCAACCCCAGGGUGGCGUUACUUCAGUGGCCACUUCAGACUGUGUGGCCCUUCUUGGAUAGAUACCCCGUUCCUAUUCUACUCUCCGGGGAUUUUAACCAACUAGCAGACGAAAGGCGUUCGUGCAACCAAUAGAAAAUGUGUGACAACGGGGAGGUGGAGGACAAGCCGCCGGCCCCGCCCAUGAGGAACACCAGCACCAUGAUUGGCUCGUGCAGCAAAGACCCCGCCCCCGUCAAUCAUGCCUCCAAACCCCUGCCCCCCAACCCUGAGGACAAGAAGAAGAAAGACCGAUCCAUUCGAUUCAUCCUGACGGGUGGCGGUGACAAGACGUACAAAAAGAAAGAGCGACCUGAGAUUUCUUUGCCGUCUGAUUUCGAGCACACUAUCCAUGUCGGAUUUGACGCAGUCACCGGAGAGUUUACUGGCAUGCCCGAGCAGUGGGCCCGCCUCCUGCAGACGUCCAACAUCACCAAACUGGAGCAAAAGAAGAACCCUCAGGCAGUGCUGGACGUUCUCAAGUUCUAUGACUCCAAAGAGACCAGCAACAGCCAGAAAUACAUGAGCUUCACAGACAAAAGUGCAGAUGUCUUCGCAUCGUCCACUGCGAUGAUCUCCAAGAGCGUCUCGGAGACACCCGCCAUCGCCACCCUGUCAGAGGAUGAAGAUGAGGACGAAGCCGAGCCGCCGCCCGUCAUUGCCCCACGGCCAGAACACACCAAAUCGAUUUACACCCGCUCUGUGAUCGAGCCCCUGCCGCCUCCUCCAACCAAAGAUGCGGCCACCUCCCCUAUUGUGGUGCCAACCUCCUCCGCGACGUCUACCACGGCCAUCACCCCACCCGGCGCCACGGAGGGCGCCCCUCCCGGUAGCCCUCCAGGGGCCACCCCUGCACCCGGGCCCUCCCUACCCCGCCCUCAGGACAAAGGACGUAAGAAGAAGAUGUCAGACGAGGAGAUCCUGGAGAAGCUCAGGACCAUUGUGAGUGUCGGAGACCCCAAGAAAAAAUACACUCGCUUUGAGAAGAUUGGACAGGGCGCAUCCGGGACGGUUUAUACGGCCAUCGACGUCGCCACCGGACAAGAGGUGGCCAUCAAGCAGAUGAACCUGCAACAGCAGCCCAAGAAAGAACUCAUCAUCAACGAGAUCCUGGUCAUGAGGGAAAACAAGAACCCCAAUAUCGUCAACUACCUGGACAGUUACCUGGUGGGUGACGAGCUGUGGGUGGUGAUGGAGUACCUGGCCGGCGGCUCCUUGACAGAUGUCGUCACGGAAACCUGCAUGGACGAAGCGCAGAUAGCGGCCGUGUGUAGAGAGUGUCUGCAAGCUCUGGAGUUCCUCCAUUCCAACCAAGUCAUCCACAGAGACAUCAAGAGUGACAACAUCUUGCUCGGAAUGGACGGAUCCGUCAAGCUCACCGACUUUGGCUUCUGUGCUCAGAUCACUCCGGAGCAGAGCAAACGGAGCACCAUGGUGGGUACGCCCUACUGGAUGGCUCCGGAAGUGGUGACCCGCAAAGCUUACGGCCCCAAAGUGGACAUCUGGUCCCUUGGCAUUAUGGCCAUCGAGAUGGUGGAGGGUGAGCCCCCCUACCUCAAUGAAAACCCGCUCAGGGCACUCUAUCUGAUCGCCACCAACGGUACACCGGAGCUACAGAACCCAGAGAAACUCUCAGUCACCUUCAGGGAUUUCCUGAAUCGAUGUUUGGAGAUGGACGUGGAGAAGAGAGGCUCAGCCAAGGAAUUGCUGCAGCACCAAUUCCUGAAGAUGGCAAAACCUCUCUCCAGCCUGACUCCGCUCAUCGUGGCCGCUAAGGAAGCGGCCAAGAACAACCGCUAGCUUGCGCCUGCAAACGUUCCUCUUCCUUUUCCUCUUCUUCCUCGACUCUGGACUCUUGUGGUGCGGGUGAGGAAGUGGGGGUUGGGGAACCAAACCAAUGAUGUCAUUGCUCCGAUCAAUGAUGUCAUCAGCAGAGAGGACUCAAUUCAUUGUUUUCUGUGUGUGUGUGUGUGUGUGUGUGUGUGUGUGUGUGUGUGUGUGUGUGUGUGUGUGU